AAUCACUCACCAAUUAGACUAUUUGAAGGUAGUGAGUUUAGUUCAAAUUCUUUUAAUUCAUCUCGAAGUACAAGAGCAUCUCUAGGGUCAUCUCGUUUAAGAACAGCCCCUAUAGUUGUUCCAAUUUCCAUAAUGGUUGGUAGAUCUUUCAAUGAAUGUACAAUGAAAUCAACAGUACCACUAAGCAAAGCGACUUCUAGAUCCUUAGUAAAUAAACUUUUUUCUCCAAUUUUUGGUAAAGGUUUAUCUAGUACUCUAUCUCCCAUUGUAGUCAUUGAAAUAAUUUCAAAUUCUACUUCCGGAUAUAAUUCUUUUAAUUGGCUGAUCACAAACUUUGUCUGAAUUAAUGCAAGUUCGCUUUUACGUGAACCUACACGGAUGAUUGUUUUUUGGUUACUUUUGUCCAUGAUUAAACGAUAGAAUGACAAAUAAAAUAAAAUAGAUAAAUUAUUGACACUGCAAUAGAUUUAUCAUAAAGAAAAAUAUUUAUGAUAAAAAAGAACUAAACCAUGGUGCCUAUUGGUUAAGCUAAAAUAAUAAAAAAUAAAGGUAUUAAUUAAAACAAAUUUACAUACAAUAUAAAUUUAUUUCACUUACCAUAACAGUUUGAAUGCCAUUCAAUAGUGAAUGGCCCGAGUAGUGAGUGAGGCUAAAUUACGUAAUGAAAAACAUACUAGGUACAUGAUAAAUAUAUAGAAAACUAAAGUAAUGAGUAAUAAAAACUAACGUUUCAAGAUCGGACGUUUUUAGAAAGGCAAAGCGAAAGGGGGAAUUUUUGAAAGGUGAUUGCUUAUCAAUGCCAUUGAUUUCAGUGUUCCAAAUAGUAGAUUUUAAACUUUUGUUGGGUACACUGUCUUUACAUAUGUUACCGUGGUUUAGUCAAGUGAUCAAUAUUUUGGAAAGUGUAAAACAAUAACAUAAGUCGUCAGAAAAAAAAAACAAUUUGCUUAGUAUAUUUUCUCAGCAUCAUGAAUUAGCCGGAUGAAUGUACGUAUGCCAUCACGAAAAUUAUGUCCCGAGGUAUUUGUUUCGAACCAUUGUAGAUGAAGCGAGUCUAGAGAAACUAACAUUUAUAAUAGUUUAAGUGACAAACAAAGUACACACAAAAUGCCGUCAGAAUCUAAGAUUCCUGCCCAAAUGGAGAAACCAAAUCAUUAUUCGUAAGAUACGAUUUUUGUUUGGUUGCAAAAAUUACAAAUUUAGACAACAGUAUUGCCUAUUAAAUAUUAUCUGAAUUUAUGUAUUUUUAUAGAUAUUUAAAAGAAUUUCGUGUUGAGCAGUGUCCAUUAUUUUUACAACAUAAAUGUACACAACAUAGACCAUAUACAUGUUUUAAUUGGCAUUUUAUGAAUCAACGACGUCGUAGACCUGUGAGAAAAAGAGAUGGUACAUUUAAUUAUAGUGCAGAUGAUUAUUGUACACAAUAUGAUGAGACCACUGGAGUGUGUACAAAAGGAGACGAGUAAGUAAAUUAUAUCAUUUAAAUGAUUUACUUUUAGAUACUGAGUGUAACGAAAAAAAAUAUUAGUUAUUUUAAAGUAUAAAUAUUAAUAUAAUAUUAUUCACUCAUUUGGUAAUAAACAAUAAAAAUAUUUUAUUGUAUUUCUCACAUGCAAAUUGACAAAUAUAUAAACUUAAAUAAAUUUUAUGAAUAAUGUAAAGUAUAAAUUAUAAAUUGUUUUAUUAUGCCAUUUUAAAUUUAAAAAAUACUAGCUUUUUUGUUAAAAUGGUUACACUAAGAAUUAUUAAUUAUCAUUGUUAAUUUAUCACAUAUUUCUUAAAACUAUUUUAAUAACUAAUUUCUUAUGUGUAUGUUAUUUAUUAAAAAAAAAAAAACAACAUUUAAAAAAUAUUCAUUAGUAUAUCCUACUCUAAGAUAUUAGUACACUUUAAUAUUACCAUGUAGACUAUAGAUGUGUUAUUGUAGUUAUCACUCAAAUGCGUGCUUAACUUUUUUUGUCAAAUUUAAUUUUGGUUUGUUUUUAUACGUAUUCAAUUCAUAAAAAACAUUUUUUUUCAACUUUGAACUUAUGAAUUUUCAUGAUGCCAAUUAGCCUCGUCAAUAUCAUUGAAGUUUUUAGUUUCUGAAUUUCACCAAAAUAGGCCCUUUUUAGUCUUAAUGAACCAACUUAAUCUCUAUCCAUGGAAAAUAACAAUAUAAUUAUAUAUUUACCACAUAGAAAAAAAAUUAAAACCUUUUAUUCAUUAUGUUGUAUGAUGGGAAAUAAUAAAUAACUUAUGAGUAAAGUAAGUCGACAUACACCAUUGACGAUAAACAAAUGCAAAAUAAUAUUUUUAGAUAACUCAAUAAUAGAUAAAAUAUUAUUGAAUAACUCUGAUAAAAGGAAAAACCUACAGUCUUCUAGAAAUAAUACAAAUAACUGCUCUGUUUUUGUCAUAAAACCAAAUGGUUUAUGAAUACAUACUUUAGAAUAUAAUUUUAACCAUGUUAACUAAUAAUUAAAUAUUAUUCAGCAACAUGGAGAAAAUACUAAACGAUUAAGAUUAAAUGUAUAUUGGAUGCCAAAUAGCAUCAAACUUGUUGCUGAAUGAUUCUCAUGACGCUAAUUGGCGUUGGUACUUCUGCAAUGAACUUGUUAAACAGUUUUGUCUUUAAGCUUAAUAUUGAGUCUACAAGAAAUGAUAUUGACAUAUUGAAAUAUGUUGUAUAUUAUUUAACUAUUAAAAUUGUGAACGUAUAGCAAAUAUUGUUUUAAAUGAUCACAAUCCUAAUAUAUAACACUGUAAUAUAAACUUUGUUUUAAUAACAUUUAAUCAUUUGAUGAUUGUUUUACUAUUAGUAGGUAGUGUUUGAAAUAAUAGUCAAUAUCUACACAAACGUUAUACUUACAUUACAAUUUUGAUUAAUAAACGAUUAAUUUUUCAAUUAAUAAUAUUAGAUUAUAUAAAUAUAUUUGAUGAUGCUAAACAUUAGUGUAUUUGUGUUAUUUUAUACACUUAUUAAAAAUAUUUCCACUAAUAUCAUUUCAAAUUAAAUGAAUUACUAUAUUUUGAAGUUGAUUAUGUGAUGUAUAUAAUGUAUGUAACAGUAUUAAGGGACUAAAUAUCUAAUUAAUAAAACUGAUUAAAAAUUUAACUACAUUCACAUUUUUUAUUUUUUUAAUGUUUAUUUAUUUUUAUAAAUUUAAAAUUUAUAAUCUAUAUUUAUAACUAUAUUAUAUGUAUACAGAUUCAUUCGGUUAUAAGGCUUGCUUUGUGUUGGUGUCCCAAAGCAAGUUUUUUAAUUGGCACUCACUGUAUUUAUUAAAUAUGUUUUAAAUGUUACCGACAUAUAUGAUUUUAAAUUAAUUAAACUAUUAACAAAUAAGUAAGGGAACAAUUCUUGAGUUCACAUUUAUAUAUUUUGAUGACAAUCUUCUCACUUUAGUAUUAUUUAUUUAUCCAUAUUCUUGGGCGAUAUACAAUGAAGUAUUUUAAACAAAAUGGAAUUAAUUAUUCUUUCAUUUUGUAAAGAAUACUUCUAAAAUUUAUUUUUAAGUAUAUAUUAUAAAAUAUUUUUCUACAAAUAUUUAAAUUGGCACUUUUUUAAUGUUUAAUUAGGUAUUCAUUGUUUUAUUGUUCUACAUGUUUUUGAAGACCAUUCAACAAUUUAAAAAUGAAUGAACUCAAUAAAGUUAUGAAUCAAUUUACAUUCACCCAGAUUGACAACACUAAUCCCCCAAGUGUAUUCUUAUUAAUAUUGAACUAUAUUUUGAUAGCAUUUAUUGUUCAUUUAAAUUUAAAGUAUUUAUUAUAAAAAUAUAACUGACAGAGACUGGCUUCACAAAUUGGAUGACUCAAGAUUUAUAUUUAAUUAUAUUUUUUGAUUAUUACUCAAAUAUUUAUAAUUGAUUAAAUAAUAUAUGAUUAUCCAUUUGCUUUUAAUUCAAUAAAAAAAGGUGCCAAUAUUUACACCGAACAGCUGGUGAUACAGAAAGACGGUACCAUUUACGAUAUUAUAAGACAUGCAUGUGUGUCCAUGAUACUGACAGUAGGGGAUUUUGUUCAAAAAAUGGGCCACAUUGUGCUUUUGCUCAUGGGAAUCAUGAUCUAAGACCACCUGUAUAUGAUAUUAAUGAGCAGAAGGUAUUUAAUUCAUUCAAAUUAUUUUUAUUAUCAAUAAUAUACUUCAUAACUUUUAUUAGGUAACAGAAAAUGACGAUGAUGAUAAUAUAGAUCUAGAUGGACCAAAUGUAUUAGAUAAAGAAAAAAAUUUAAUGAAUGAAGAUCCUAAAUGGCAGGGUAGGGUUUAUAUAAAAUAAAACUAAUAAAUAUUAUUUAUAUAUUAUGCUAUUAUUGAAUAUAUCAAAUAAAUAUUUUGUAAACUUUAUAGAUACGAAUUAUGUUUUAUCACAUUAUAAAACUGACCAAUGUCAACGUCCUCCUAGACUUUGUCGGCAAGGGUAUGCAUGUCCUCAAUACCACAAUAGUAGGGAUAAAAGAAGAAAUCCAAGAAAAUUUAAAUAUAGGUUUGUUAUAAUUAAUCUUAUGAUAGAGCGCCGUUCAAACUAAUAAAUUAAUAACAUUAUUACCUAUCAAUGUUAUGGGAAAUGUGGAAUAUAGGGCAAAGUUGUCAAGGCAGGGCAACAAGAACACACAAUUUAUUUUAACAUGAAAUGUAUUUAAUAGUUAAUUCAUUAGUUUUCUUUAUUUUUUUAUUUUGUUGUAUAAAUUAUAUUAUUGUAUUAUUUAAAAGAAAAACUAAAAUUAUUAAUUAUAUGAUAAUAAUUUACUUAAAAAAAUGCUGUUAGAUUUUUAACACUUAUUUUGUACAUAUUAUUACAUAAAUCUAUUAAAUGUUUAUAUAGCACAUUUAAUGUAACAAAGCAAAUGUGAUAAGUAAAUUUAAAUUUGUUCGCCUUUUAAAUAAUACUAGCUGAAUUACCUGUCGCUGGGUUUAAGAAAAAAAAAAGUUUUUUAAGUUAAAUGAAUUAAGAUACAUACCGACCACUUAAGUUUAGAGAAAAAAUCAUGAAAAUCGGUCGAGUAAAACUUCCUUUAGAGAUAACUAUCUCAAGAAAUCGCGUCACAUUUUAAUAGUAUAAAUGACAAUAUUUCACACAUUUUACGUUAAAAUAAAUUGUUUUAUUCAAAGUUUACAGUUAAAGUUUGCCCGAGCAGAACCACAUUACCUGCCCAAUAUUCAAUAUUACCUCUAAUAAAUACAUAUUUAUAUUUUAGAUCUACUCCGUGUCCUAGUGUAAAACAUGGAGAUGAAUGGGGUGAACCCAGUAAUUGUGAGAGUGGUGAUUCUUGUGCUUAUUGCCAUACUAGAACUGAACAACAAUUUCACCCAGAAAUAUAUAAAUCAACAAAAUGUAAUGAUGUACAACAAGCUGGUUAUUGCCCUCGUGGAGUUUUUUGUGCUUUUGCACAUGUUGACCGUACAUAUUCACAAUAUAAACACAAUGUUAUGUAUGUUUAUUUAUUUUAUUAAUACCAUUAUUAUUUAGAUGAAAUGAUUAUUGCUCGAGAAUCGGCUGCUGCAUUAGAUUCUUCGACAGAUUUAGCAGAUAUAUUAUCUAAUGCUUUGCCGUCAAUAGGAACUGAAUGUUUAAGAUCUCCUAUAAAAAAAAAAGAUAGUGACAAAAAUAGUUCAUCGGUUGGUAGUUUUUAAAUUUUUAAACACUUGUCUAUAUUUAAACCAUGUGUUAUGUUUAUAGAAUGAAAGUGGAGAUCUUUCUGAAUGCACUUCAAGUAUUGGCUCUCCAAACAAAGCUCCUGGGGCCCAUUUAUCAAGAUCUGAGUAUAUACAACCAUUUCAUAUAGCACAUGAAGAUACUAUUCAAGCUGUAUGUUUUUCAAUGAUUAUUUUGUUAAAACAUUUUACAUGCUAUUAUAAUCAAUCAAUUUUUAGCUUUUAAGUUCAUUUGAUACUCAAUCGUUGUUACCUAAUGUUGAACCACAACGGCGGCAUAGUUCCAUAUUUGGUCCUGUUGUAUCAAAUGGUAAUGGUAAUUCAUCAUAUAUGAAUCAUUAUUCAUCUUAUCAAUCAACAACUGCUAUGAAUGGUAUAGUUUAAUUUUUAUUUUAUUGACAUUUAUUAAAUUCUUUAUAUAUAUUUAUGUAUUUUUUUUUUUUAGGUAAUCUAGAUGAUUUAGUUAUGGAAGAUGGUUUAAAUUUUUCUGUAGACCAAGAAAAUGAAUCUCCAAUAUUAAAUAAUCCUUUAUCAUCAAGUUUACAAGCAUCUGGUAAAUAUAUAAGAUUGUUCAAAUGAUGCAUUAUAAGAUGUAUAAAAUUAAAAUACUUCUAUUACUAAUAUUAAUUGAACUAAUACUAAUAAGUUGGGUUUAGAUUUCAAGGGAAAAGUCAUUUUUUUUUUUUUUAUAAUAAUAGAAAAAUUAUUUAUUUUUAUAUGGAAAUGUGAUCUAUUAGUUUUACUGUGAUGUGUUUUUGUAUUUAUUUUUUUUUUUUCUGUCUGUGAACAACUUUUCUACCAUAAAACUUGCUCCGAAGUAUAGACUGUAGCACCUUUUUUGAAAGUUAAUUUUCUUUUACUGAAGCAUUAAGGAUGUCAUUUUUGUUAUUUUCUGAUGGGUUUUUGAAAAAAUAUCCCUUCAAUAGAUAGACAACAAGAGACUUUUUUUUUGCAUUUUUAAUCCAAUUUAUAAAGAAGUUAUUUGUUUUUCGAUUUUUUCUAUAGUUUUAUUGAUAAUUAGUAAAGAAACUGGAAAAAAAAAAAACGUGAAAUUAAAACUGACAAAUUUACAGUGUUACAAUUUCAUUGUUUUACAUUUUUACAGCCAAUGUUUUCGACCAUAAAUAUUGUUCCAAUAAAAAAACCAUCAAGAGAUCUUUGUUGAAUUUGUAAUCUAGUUGGUGAACAAGCAAAUGGUUUUUUAAUUUUAUAUAUAGUUUCUUUAAUAAUUGAAAAAACUAACAAAAGAUACAAAAAGUACAAAAAAGUGUAUGAAAAAGAUUAUUUUAUUAUUUUCAAUUUUGUUUUUUUUUAAUGUAAUUUAGUUUGAUAUAUUCAUAAAGACUUGAAAUUUUGACAGAAAACUUAUUUUAGCUUUUACUAGAUGUGGUAAAAUUUUCAAAAUAUUUGAUUCAUUUUUGAACUAUAGACAUUUUAAUUUUGCAAGUUUUAUAUAUACUCGUAAUUUUUAUUUGGUAGGUACUAUGUGGAUAAAAUUAUUACUUGUUAGACUAAACAGAAAUGCUUGGAAAUUUAACAGAAGGUUCCAUAAAUGUUGUACUUUGUGGUACAAAAAAAUUAAGCUUUAUGUAGUAUUUUAUCUUAUUAAGAAAUUUUAAUAUCAAAUUUCGACGAAAAUCAUAACACAUAGUAUUUUUGAAAGGCAUUUAUGGCCUUUCAAAACAUAUAUACCCAAAUGCUCCGAAUCGUUUUUUGUUAUUAUUGGUUUAUUGUUGGUUACAGGUAUAAAUUAAAUAACUUUAUGUAUCUCACUUUCCAUACUACUUACUAACUAAUGUAGCCACACCUGUCAGUAGUAUAAACUCUUUUGUUUUUUUUUAUAAAUGCCAUUUUGAUGGUGAUGAUGAUAUAAUAAGUAGUAAUCCUAAUUUAGAUAAUAUUAAAACAAAGAACAAUCAUUUUCUAUGUACAUAAAUAUUUUGAGUCCUAACCGUCAAUGUUUUACUGAAGACAAUUUAUUUAAGUACAUGGUAAUGAAUUUUUUUGAAUACAAACUAGUUAAAUCAACUGAAAUCUAUUUAAUAAUUAGUAAAAUUUGUAAUUACUUUUUAUAAAAAUUAAAUGGGUGUUUUUUGCCUUUUUACACAUUUCAAAUGCUUUUUUUAUUGAUAAUAUUGCCUUCGAAUCCGAACCCUACUAAUAAGUAACAAGUAAUAACUAAUAAACCAUUAUAUAUAAUAUAUAUUCUGCCCCCCCUGCCAGCAAGGUCUGCGCACACCUAUGCACAUACAUUUUGUUUAUUAUUAUAUCAUUAAAAAAUAUUAAACAAUAACACUGUACAUAAUUUUAUUUAACAUUAUGUAUAUUUUUCCAUUUAUAAAUUUAUUCUGCAUGAAUUUUAAAAAUUGACCCCCUCUAAAUAGUGGACGAAAUGUUUGAAUCUGAUGAAGUUCCUCCCAUGAUAUUCAUAACUACUUGUUUAGUUUUCAUAAAUAACCAACAGUAAAAUCGAUUUUCCAUAAAAUGUUUUCUUUUUAUUUAUUGUAGUUUCUACAGUUUGUACAAGUUUCCGAAUUCAUGCGGUUAAAAAAAUAAAAUAAAAUAAACAACUUUGUAAGAUCCACUCAGAAUCUAAAAAGGUUAUCUAUAUUUUAUAUGCUAUAUAGUAAUGAUGACAAACCUCUUUUUACAGAAGACCAUAAAGAAUAAUAAUAAUUGUUGACAGAACUAAGAAUUAAAACUUUUACUUUUAAGUUAAUAGAAUAUUAUCUUAAUUUACUGUAGAUACAUCUUAAUAUAGUCACAGUGAUUUAUUUAUUUAUCAUGUAUUGAUUAAAUGAGAAAAAAAUGUAAAGUAUAAACAUAUCCAGUGUACUCUUUAAGUUGAAUAGAGUAUAAUAAAACUAACUUAUUUUGUUUUUAAUUGUGCAAAAUAUUAAUUGUUAUUCAUUUUUGCGUUUGGUUAACAACUUAGGGAAAAAGAACAUAUUCAUUAAAUAAUGUUAUUAUUUUGUUUUUUAUUAUUAUUAAUUUAUUCAAGCAAUAAAUGUUUGAAAAAAUCUUGUCAUCAUAUAUUCCCUUAAUUUUUACCACUAAUGUGUUUCUAUGACUUUAAAAUUAUAAAAUAAUUAUUUAUAAUUGUAUUUUAAUAAAAUACAUAAUAAAAUUGUGUGCAUGUUUUCAGAUAUGUUAGGAAGUUCUGCUCCAGUAAAUAUUCCUCUUACUCGUCAUAAUAGUAUUGGUCAAUUUUCACCAACAAUAGCUUCUCCUUUAAAGCAUAUGCAAAAUAACAUGAUACAAAAAUCUAGGUAUAACCAGCAAGAUGGGCUAGGCCAUUUAAAUAUUGUCACUGGCAAUAAUUUUGGCUCAUCUGGUUUAUUUGGUAUUGGCUCUCCAGGAACAGCAAAUACAUUUCCAAUUAGUCCUUCAAAUACAAACGAUGUAAUAAAAUUGCAAUUUCAAAACUAACUAUUAUGUACUAAUGUCUUAUUUCUUUUUUGAUACUAGGCACAAGUUCAACGAUUACAAGACGAAAUAAUGAAAUAUAAAACAAAAAUAGCUUCUUGGGAAGUUGAUCGAAUGGCACAAGUUAGAUGCACUUAUGAUGCAUGGCAAAGGGAGACUGAAGAUUUAAAUACUAAAUUAAAAAUUGCCGAACAACAAAGAGAUGAAGUAAAUAUGAUAAAGUAUAAAAAUGGUUAUAGUAUUAAUUAUUAUUUAUAAAAGGCUAUUAAUCAAGCAAAAUCAUUACAAAAAGAAGUAGAUUUAUUACAAGGAUCACCUUAUCUGCAUGGAUUACGUAGAGUUUCCGAAAUUAGAAAUUUAUCACUAUCUGUAUUAAAGUCAUUACAGAGUCAAAUGAGAAAUGAUUUGGAGGAAAUUGAAAAGGUAAACUUAAAUUAUUCUUUAUUUAUGAGUUCACCUGUAUAAUAAUAUGCUAAAAUUGAUAUUAAUUUUGAACAAAAAACUUAUGUAUAUUAACUAAAUAAUUAUUUUAUUUUAUGCCUCAAGACGACCUUCGUACAAUCAAAUAUUUAUUCAUUCUACCUACUAUUUGUACUUAUGAAAAAUGUACCCUGAUUAAAUUUACCUCUUGUUACUCAAUUUUGAAUGUAAAUAAUCAAUUAUUGGGAAAAACUGAUCUUCUUAAAAUAAUCUUAAGUAUUUAAUCACCUAUAUAAAUGUUUCUCAACCUAGGGGUUGCCAACUAAUUAUUUAGGGUCGCCAAAAGUAUAAAAUAUGUAUUUAAGGGAGGUUAGCUAAAAAAUUAAAUUUUCAUUUAGCGGGUCAUGACAGUAAAAAGGUUGAAAAACAUUGACCUAUAAUAUCCAUUAAUCUAAUAUAAUAGAUUAAGGCACCAGACUAUCAAACAUUAUGAAUGACUCAUACAAGCCUAUUUAAGCCUUCAUAUUUCAAUAAUUUUGUUUUAUUUCUUGAUUAUUGUUUGGUCCAGGUUUUAUAUUUACAAACAGCUACAAAAUGCAUGAAAUGUGAAGAGCAAAACAGAAGUGUAACAUUGGGACCAUGUAAUCACUUUGUGUUAUGUAAUCAGUGUGUGGAUACAAUAAAAGAUUGUCCAUAUUGUUCGACACCUAUAUUAUCUCAUACUAAUACAACUACAACUCAGGCAUAAAUAAUAGAGUAUAAUAUAAUAUAUUUUAAGCAAUCAAAAACUUAAUAUUAUUAUUAUUAUUAUUAUUAUUAUUAUUAUUAUUAUUAUUAUUAUUAUAAUAUACAAUUAAUACAAUUAACCUAUAGGUUUAUGAUACAAGUUUAGAAAGAAAAAAUGAUGCAUUUAGUGCUACAUGUUUGCAAAGUUUUCAUUAUUGAAAUGUAUCAAAUUAUAUAUUAGCAUUUUACUAAAAUAAUACGAUUCUUCUUUAAAGAAUUUAUAUUUGAUUUUUUCUCAGAACUCAUUUGUGUAACUAUUACAUAUUAUACGACUUGUAUAAUAUUUAAACAUUUUUAUUAGUAUCAUAUUUCAAAUUAAGUAUAAAAAAUAUUUAAAAA